GUGUAGGGCGUCCCAAGCAAGCGAGCGAUCCAGUGAUCAAAGCUUGAGUUGCAGAGAGAAGUCUGCAAGAAAUUGCGCAGGAACAAUGGCUUCCUCCUUGAUGGUUUCCUCUGCUGCUGCAGCCACCAUCAACAGGGCUGGCCCGGCUCAAUCGAGCUCCGUCGCACCAUUCAAUGGGCUCAAGUCCUCUGCCGCCUUCCCGGCCACCCGCAAGCCUGCUGGUGACCUCUCUACUCUCCCUAGCAAUGGCGGACGCGUGCAGUGCAUGAAGGUGUGGCAACCAUACAACAACAAGAAGUUUGAGACUCUCUCUUACCUCCCUCCUCUUUCCCUUGAGGAACUUGCUAAGGAGGUUGACUACUUGCUCAAGAAUAAAUGGAUUCCCUGCUUGGAAUUCAGCGACGAAGGCUACGUCUUCCGCAAGUACCGCAGCCUCCCAGGGUACUAUGACGGGCGCUACUGGACCAUGUGGAAGCUGCCCAUGUUUGGCUGCAAUGACUCCGCCCAGGUCCUGAGAGAGCUUGCUGAGUGCAAGAAGGAAUACCCCAACAGCUUCGUCCGGAUCAUCGGCUUCGACAACGUUCGCCAGGUCCAGUGCAUCAGCUUCAUUGCCUACAAGCCCUAUUAAGUGGCCGGAAGACACACAAGACGAUCACUCCCCUUAUUGCUCGCUCCGUCUUCCCUUGUGUCUGUUCGGUUUUAGUUUCUUCGAUUUCUUUAAGUUCUCCUGCAUUUUGCCGCUACUUUCCAGCCACGAAUGAGCACAAUUUCAUGGUAAAGAAUAUAGAGGUUGUCGGCUUCUUCCGCGAUCGAGUUAUUAAGACCGCCGGCUUGAAGUUGCUGCUUACUCUUUCCCUAAUGCCUUUAUUGUUGGAAAAUGGCAGGCCCCCUGUUGAUUUGUUUCUCUUAUGAAUCAAUAAAAAGAGAAACCUUUCGUUCUAGUA